AGCACAGAGUGGCGCAUCUGAGACUGUGCCGCUUUCUUCUCCUGCCUGGAUUAAGUGUUUCAUCUCCGUCCGAUCAGACACGCUAUCAAUGAAGCUUGGUUCUUAUUCGUGAUUUCUUCGCCAUGAGCUGCCUGGAUGUGAUGUACCAAGUGUUUGGUCCUCAGCCUUAUUUCAGCUCCUACAGCCCCUAUCACCACCAGAAGCUGGCCUUGUAUUCUAAAAUGCAAGACCACCAGGACAGCGGCAGCCGGCUCGGCCCCCCAGUGAUCAAAGAGGAGGACAAGGAGCUGCCGCCAGGUGCCGAGUACCUGAGCUCCCGCUGUGUCCUCUUCACCUACUUCCAGGGUGAUAUCAGCGCCGUGGUGGAUGAGCACUUCAGCCGAGCCCUCAGCCAGACGACUGCAUACCCGGCGACGAGCAGCCACAAGGCUGUAAGAGAUGGAUCCUUUCCGAUGAGCCAGAGAAGUUUCCCUCCGUCAUUCUGGAACAGCUCCUACCAGCCGUCAGUCUCCUCCACCCUGGGCAGCGCUCUGUCGGCUCCCCACACAGAGCUCGCCUUCCCAAGUGACCCUUACUCCUCUACCUCCCUGCACAGCCACCUCCACCAGCCCAGCCCUGACGCCUGGCACCCGUCCCACCACCACCACCAUCACCAUCACCACCCUUACUCGCUAGGAGGUGCUAUAAGCACCCAGAGCUCAGCUUACCCACGUCCAGGUGUUCACGAGAUGUACGGCACAACGUUUGACCCACGCUACAGCUCACUGCUGGUGCCGUCAGUGAGGUCGCACCACCGCCUGACAUCCAGCAGCUCGGUACCGGGCCCCAGUGGCUCGCCCUGUGACCUGGGGGGUAAAGGGGAAUCGGGGACGGGGUCGGCUUGGAGUGGUGCCUUUACUGGAGCCGGAACAGAGAUCGGCCUGAACAUGGACACAGCUCUGUGUUACGGCGGACUGUGCAGCAGCAGCGCAGCCCUGCUGAGCUGAACACCAACAGCGUGGGUACACAGCGAACAUGGAAACAGAAGUGGACUUGCAGGAGAGAGGGGAGAGAGAAAGAAUCUGAUCUUGAUGGAUAUCGACAAAGACAAGACUCUUUGUGCUUCUGCAACAGGCAGGGACAACAUUCCUAAAGUGGAAAAAGUCUUUGGACAGACGGACAGAGACACAUGUGCUUUCGGACUCCAAAGACUAGCGCCUGAAGGACUUGGCAGGACUUGCCUCUCGGGGGCAACUGGGCUCAGACACUGGGAGUGUGUUAUGGCUGGAGGAAAGGCCACGUUGGUGUCGAGGAGGCCGCACAGCAAGAAUUUGGCAGACAGCGAACAGAGGAGGAGUCGCCUUUUUGGGUUUACAUGGAGUAAUGUUCCAUCCAGCGCACCAUAGUACACAAUAAAUGUAACAGGAAUGAAUGAAUUUCAACUGAUAUCAAAAGAUAAUUAAGCCAUGAUUGCAGCUGCACACUGUAUAUUUUUCCUCGCUUGUAGUGCUAACUAUCCAUCUCAACUGUUUUGAUGUGAGGUGUCCAGUUUUUAAUAUAUCCGCUGCCUUCUCCUGAAAACAGUGG